AUGGACAUUGCCGACACGGGAAUUGUUAACUCAUUCGUAAAAUUAGUGAGUUGGUUAACUCUUUUAAUAAUUAUCAUCAUUUUUAACAUUUUUAGACAAACUUCUUCGCAGCAAAUCUCAAAUACUCUUCAAUUAAUUCACUUGAAGAACUAUGGGCCAAACAUGGAGAAAUGAUUGCACGGAUGAUGUAAGUUUCAUUUUUUUGUCUUUUUAUUUACAGUUUGAAUUUUCAGGCAAUGUGAAACACUGGAAUUCAAAUCCAGUGACAUCUUCUACGAAGUACUGUACAGAAAGAUCCGACUGGUCAACGGAGAAAUGGCGGCGGCGUUGGAUCCAGAGAAGGCGGCAGGCGCUGACCUUUUCGAAAUCUGCAAGUUCUACGCGCUUUACCUUGAAUACCUUCGAAAAGAUCAUUCGACGACACUGACAGAGGUUCUCGAGAAGAUCCCCUCCGAGAGCAAUUUCAACAGCAACUUCAUCCUGGGAAUGUUUGCGUACUUCGACAGGCUCUAUUCCGACGAUUCUGCAGACAACUGGUGGUUUUGUCUCAGACCUCAGGAGAGCACGGACAUGUUCGAAGUGGCCAGUACUCCGAGAAGAAACCUCUUCGACCAAAGCGCAUUCGCCACUCCAACUGCCACCGCGAGACGUCUUCGCACCGCCACGUCGAGCUCCCGUCGCAGUCCGAUAGCGGAAGCAGUUGACUCUCCCACGAUGAAGUUCUUGCGCAGCGAACGGGAGCUGAAACAGGCAAAAAAGAAGAUCAGUGAUCUACAGCAGACACUUGACGAAGUUGAUGCGGAGCGGAAUGAGAUCGUUGAGAAAAACAUCGACUUGAAAAAACAGUGAGUGAGAUCGUAUUUUGAAAGUGGCAAUCGUAUAUUCAGAGUUACUGAACUGAAAGGAAGUGCUGCGGGCAACAGGGACACUGCUCAGAACGCCUCGAACGAAGCGGAGAAGCUUCGACUCGCGCUGGAGACGAAGAAAAGCGAAGCGGAUGCUCUCAGUCAGCAACUCGAGGAGAGCCGCGCUGUGAUCAGAACCAUGAACCGUCAACUUGAGGAAUUGGAAGUCGAAAAGGACAGAUUGACUGCAAAACUGCAAACCGUCACACAAGAUCGAGACACGUGCAUGAAGCAGAUGAGAGACAUUCGAAAUGCGAACGAACAGGAGUUCGGCAGCUGGAGAAAGAGGGAAGAGGAUAUGAACAGUCAACUGCGUGAAUCGAUCGUUGCGAACGGAGAACUGGUGGAAAGGCUUGGCGCUCUUGAGGAACUGAAAGCGGGUCUCACUUCGGAGAACGAACGACUGAACCGAGCUUUCGAGGAUCUGAGCAUCGUCUCCUCUAGGAGCAUGCAAGAUGCCGACAACGCGAAGACUCUGUUGAAGGAAUCCAGAGAGAAACACCAGGAGACCGUUCAGAGAAUGUGCGACGAGCAAGCGGAGAGAAUGAAGAUGGCGGAUGCGACGAUCGAGCGAUUGCAAUCGGAGCUGAACGAGGAGCGCAACGACAAGAGAAGUCUGCAGGAGCUUCUAAACGAGCUGAACGAGCAAGUUCUGAAAGACGACAAAGCGAGUCACGAGCAAAGCGAAGGGUUCCUCAGUAUCCGAGCUUGCCUAGAAGCAUCGAAGCGUCAGAUCGAGCAGCUGAAAUUGGAAGUGGCCAGCAAAGAAGCCACCAACGCCAUCGACAAGGAACAGAAGAAGCGCAUGGCUGAUUUCUUGAAGACGGAGGCGGAGAUACGCGAAAAGUCUGCAAAGCAGCAUGCGGAUUGCUUGGCCCUUCUGGAACACAAGCUGAAGUCUUCUGAAUCUGAGGUGGUUUCGCUAACGCAUUCCAACAAAAUCGUCGAAGAAAAGUAUUCGGGAGAACUGGCAGAAAUGCAGGUUUGAUAACAACAGGGUGACUCAGCCAACAUCGCGAUUUGCAGAAGCAGAUCGAACAGAAGGACGAGGCCAUCAAGAGGCUCACCGAGGAGUACGAAAAGUUCAAAAAAGCCGACAAUGACGGGCAAAACGAGAAUCGUUUUUUGACGGAAAGAAUAAGUUCGAUCAUAUUCUGUGAUUUCCAAUACGAGAGAAGUUACAGAAUUACUGGAAGAGAAUGCCACUGGUAGGUUCAACAACUCAAAGUCGUCGUGCGAUAGUCUCAUCGACAUUCUUGCGAAGGAAAACACCGAGUAUACGGAGGAAGAAAUGUUCAAACAGGUGGCCGCAACUCCGAGAAAAUCAGUCGCGUUCCAUGUCGAUAUGGAGAAUGACACGACUAUCAAAGAGAAACCGUUGGGAUUCCGAACUGAGAUGGUGGGGGAGUUGUCGGCGUUGCUUUUAAUAGAUUUCAGAACAAUACGAGACAGUAUUUCAGAACAAUGCGAGACAGUCUAUAAGUUCCAUCAACGACGAAUCGUUCGAACGGAGCUCGUUGACGCGUUCUUCUCUUCGCUCAGACACAUUCACGCUCGCUUCGGCUCAUUCUUCGUCAGGAUUCAAAAUGCCAUACACUCCAUCGGGAACUUCGAAAGACCGAGUCGGAGUGCUCACUGCCCGCAACGAGAAAGUGAAGCCUCAUCUCCAGUCAUCCUACGUAACCGAAAUGAUGGACGUGAGCUCGCCGUCCGCCGACGAGGAAAACGUCAGAAAAGGCGGCACUAUGAAGGUGAGUUGGCAGUAGAAAUACAGACCUUUCAUUUCUAAUUUCAGCCGAAAAAGUCGCGAAGAGAGUCCCUUGUUUCUCUGAUGUUAUUCAAGAAAAAAUAA